AGACGAGAUUUAAACAAGAUUCAAGAUGGCGAAAGUCAUUGGAUAUUUUCCGUCGUUUGUCAUCCGACUUCAAUGUUUGUUGUAUUCCUGAAAGAUGACUUGAAAUGUAAAUGCCCCAAUCUGUCGGACAGUAUGUACAGAAGCAGAAUAUUACGAUAAUUAGACGACAAGAUGUCGGAUUCUUCAGACGCAGAAAACGAAGUCAUCGAAAAAACUCUGAAAGAUGUGGAAUUCAUACAAACUAUGAUAGAUAGCACUGCCAAACUGCUACUUGGUUUGCGAAAUGAAUGUGCAGCUACAAAUGAUUUGACACAGAAUGAAAUUAGAGAGCAAGAAAGUAAGUUACUAAAGCUCUUUAGUAAACAGCUAGUCAAGACAACCGAGGCUGACCCCCAGCAUGCUCAGGAAAAGUUGUCCGGCUAUCCCAAGACUGACCAAUGGUUGACUGUGGUAGGACUCCCAGAGAAUGCUGUCCAGGAGAUCCUUAGGAGAGACAUUAAGCUGAGGACAUUACUGGACAUGACGGAAGAUGAGGUUCAGAGUUUGCUCCAGCGAUUUAAUACGGCAGAGGAGGACAUUACCAAACUCAACACAGCCCUCCGAAACCUCAAAAUAUGGACUGGACGUGAACUAAAUGGGGGUCUAGAUGAUGGGGGCAUUAAGCUUCACUGGACACCGUACCGGUCACCAUCCAGUAGCCCAUACAACAGUUCUCCCAACAACCCAUCAUCAGGCCGUCCCUCAACAUCAUCAGAGACCUCUCAGCUCCUCCCCACACCACCUCACAGUACACCUUCAUCUCCAUCACCAGUCCACCAGGAACGACAGUACAGAAUCACCCCUCCAGCCACACCCCCCACAGUGAGACCGCUGCCACAUAAUACCAAUUCCCGGAUCAAGAGUCCCCCCAACACCGUCCCCAUGACAACAAGCAAGUCCUACACCAAUCUCCAUGCCAACCUCCACAUAAAAGUGGUGGAUGUCGAUGGCAUCCAGAAAUAUGAUGGAAUCAGCAAAUUUAACAAACACUUAAUCACUAGACCGUCCCAUCCGCCCUUGAUUAAAUCCUAUUCGGAAGAGCGAAGGAAACGGCCCGACCUGACGCUGGACAAUACCCAUGUGGUUAGAAGGCCCUCCAAUGAGGAUCCCCACCCCUCUCCUUCACAGACAUCUCCAUCAUGUCUAGACAAUAAUCUCAGUAUUUCCCGGUCUCCGAAGUUGGUACACAGAUUUAAGAAAGGCUACAUAAUGAGCGGUACAUGCGAAGUCUGUUCAAAACAGAUUUACUUCAUGGGAAAGACGUGUAAAGUCUGCAAGUUUAAGUGUCACAGAGACUGUACAAGUCGUGCCCCAUCACAAUGUCACCCAGAUUACUACUCUAUCGACCUUCGACACAGAGAUGGUUCCCCUAGUCCAAGUGCAGAAAGAAAUGGCAUUCAUUUAAAACCAAACAAAAUCAACUCAGUUCCAGUUUUCCAUACAGAUUCCGGUUCCAAUCCUUCGUCAUGUAAUUCCUCUACCCCUUCCUCCCCCACAACUAUGAGGUAUACACCCUCUCCAGCUAAUACACAGAACUCUCCAACUUUCACUUUUCCAGAGAUUGUAGAAUCUAGUGCUGAUGGUGAUGUCUUCAUAGGAAAAGAUCCCUCCUCCUCUAACAGCAGAGAUGUUGUUGGUACUAAUACAUCAGAUGAUAGCAACAAAACUCUAGUUGAUAGUAACGCAUCAGAGAAGACAUUAGAGAGAGAGGACUCCAUGGACAGUCAGGAUGGCAUUAUACACCACUGGGACCGGGGCAAUAGUCUUUCUGUAACACUCAAAGAGUGGGAUAUUCCAUUUGAGCAGUUAAAGUUCAUGGACAAAAUUGGGACAGGGCGAUUUGGAACAGUAUACAAGGGCACAUGGCAUGGACAAGUAGCCAUUAAAAUGUUACAUAUGGACCCUGACUCUGACAACAACCAAGCUCAGCUUUCAGCAUUCAAACUAGAGGUGGCCAUGCUGAAGAACACCAGGCAUGAAAACCUGUUACUGUUUAUGGGUGCAUGCAUGAAACCUCCACAACUUGCCAUAGUUACCAGUUACUGCAGUGGUCAGACUCUCUACACAUAUGUCCGUACCAAUGUCCGAGAAAAAUUCAACAUGAACAAAACAAUACUGAUAGCUCAACAAAUAGCACAGGGCAUGGGCUAUCUACAUGCUAGAGGAAUCAUCCACAAAGAUUUAAAAACAAAGAAUAUUUUCCUAGAAAAUGGCAAAGUUGUGAUCACAGACUUUGGUUUAUUUAGUGUGACCAAAAUUUGCCAUGGCAACAGGAAAGGUGAUUGGCUGCACAUUUCCCCGGGCUGGUUGUGUUACCUCUCUCCAGAGGUCAUUCGAUGUCUGCAUUCAGGACGAUCUAAAGUAGACUUACCAUUUUCUGAAAAGUCAGAUGUUUACGCAUUUGGAACAAUAUGGUAUGAGCUACUAGUGGGGGAUUGGCCCUUUAGGAACCAACCACCAGAGUGUAUCAUAUGGCAAGUAGGGAGAGGGAUCAAGCAAUCUCUUGGGAGUGUGAUGGCUUCAAAAGAAGUGAAGGAUAUAUUCCGCUAUUGCUGGUCAUUCAAACAUUCUGAUAGACCUGAGUUUAAUCAGUUGUUUGAACACAUUCGCAAACUGUCUACUAGGAUCCCACCCAAGUCAAUUAAUUAUAGGCGCUCCUCUGAUCCGGUGGUCCUGGGUGCCAGGCCCCUAGGGAUGUUCUGAUGUUAUGUUGGUCAUACCAGCCAGAUGACCGGCCCCAGUUCAGACAGCUCCUGAAGACAGUGGAACGACUGCCCAAGAAGCGACUGGUCAGGAGUCCCUCUCACCCGGUCCACCUGUCCCGCAGCGUGGACUCUGUGUUCACAGCUUAACCGCUCAUUUGGAACCGUGUCUUUCUUGUAGGAGAACUGUGAGAAUUCGCAGCUUGACUCUGAUAGUGUUAGACAUUGUGUCUUAAACACUCUGAGAUAGAAUUUGGACAGUGCUAAUCAAUUAAAGGAGGAAUGUUUACAGACUAAUAUUGCAGAGAUUCAUGACUUCUUUAUUGUAAACUUCUGAAUGAAAACUAUUCCUACAAUCUUUGACCCACUGCACACACAAAUAAUUGUCUUACUGAAUGUGACCUGAAUUUGUCAUUGUGACCUAUAUUUAUGUCUAAUGUUCCUUUAAGGUGGAACAUGUGAAGGAAGCACAAUUUAUUGGAAUGUGUCAGAUUUUGACUCCUAAGUGCUUUUAUUUUGUGUAUUUUAAAUGAUUGUUAUUUAUUUGAUAGUCAAAUCAUGCUUUUCUCCCUCAUCCUAAUCCAUUCCAGAAGCAUGGUUAAAAGUGUGCAUUUUAUAUGUAGAAAAUGCUCAAAGAGAAUACUUCUCAUUUAAAACAGAUACAUAUAGAUUGGUGAUUCUAUACAAUAGAAUUUCAAUUGUAAUAAAAGCAUUUGUUUUAGUCUAAGAUCUAGGCCUACUACUAGGUAAUUUUUUUUUUUUACACACUAUCGGUAAACUUUGUUUAAUGCACAGCUGAAAUGUUUAAAGUUGGGUUGGGUUUUUUUCCCCCUCAUUAUUAUUAAGAUUUUGAAUUUUUACAGUCCAUUCUUUAUGAUAAGAGUGUUAAGACUGAGCAGUGGAGAGGAUGAAAGUGCUUUACAACAGACAUUCCGGAGUUUUCAUUGGACACCACUCUUCCAAAGAGAAUGUCCACAAAACAUUCAAAACCUUUAUGCAAAUGUGAUAUAUUUUGCGCCAUGACCAUUGAUUAGCACGAUGUAGUAUUUGAGGAUCUGUAGAUCAUUAUGUUUUAACUUCGGUAUGUGCAUGGUCAUCAUUUUAUUAUAGAUUUACCUGUCAUAAUUCUUUAUUUUCGCUGUGGUCAGUAGUCUUAGAAAUCACCAUAUAAAUAUGUUAUACAUAAUCGUCCAUAGAAGUUGGGCAGAGCAUAAUGACUGUGUUACUAUUUAUUACUAGAUAGUUUAUGAUUUGUACAUAUCAUUAAUUUUAUCUUCAGAUCAUAAAUGUAUUUUGAUUACUGGGGUGUUUUUUUUUUACAAGUACAAAUUACUGACUUUUAAAUUUCAGUAAGCCAGUAUUUCACAUCGUUAGCACCAAUCAUAAUACACAACUUCAUGUGGCGAUACUGUGCACACAUCAGAAAAGGAAGAUUAGUUCACCAAGAAUUUGUUAUAUGCCUGCAUGGCAUGUAUCUUUUGAUGUUUGUCAACUGAAAUUUCUAAAGGCAUUUGGAAAACAAUUCAUCAUAGCAAUUGAUUUGAUUUGAUCAUCGUAAUUGUAAUUGGAUUUAAUAUCCUUUUUUGCAGAAAGAACAAAUUAUGUUUUAAGGCAGUAAAUGGCAUUAUGUUGGCAGGUGUAAUAUUUGCCUCUUAUUGACAUCCUGGUAAAAUCCUCCACUUGUUUUACCCUAGGAAUUUUGAUUUAUCUUAUGUUCAUGUCACUGACAUAUAGGAUAGCUUUUACAUUUUAAUAUACCACCUUACUUCACCAUAUUGACUGUUUUCAUGCGACAGCAAUGCAAUGCUUUACUUUGUCUUACAUUGACAUUAUUUAUGUGUGUAGCAAUUCAUGAACUUUGUACCCGUCAUGCAAUACCAGACAUGUCUGGGCAUGUGUGUAAAUGAAAGUUACCUCCAUGUUGUUUUGUGUGUGUGUGAGAGAGAGGAGAGAGAUUCCAAUAGCUGCUUUUUUUCUCAUCUUUAUUAUGAAUGAAGAGUACAGACUUAAAAGCAUGCUGUGAUAAAAUCAUCUGUAUAAGGUAGAGUGAAUACCAUGGCACCAAGUAAGUCAUUGCCAUCAUCGGCUCAAACAGCCAAUACUAGAUCAUUUACCACUUAUGUACAUGGCUGUAGGAAUACUUUAAAUAAAGGAGUCCCCAUACAACAAUGGCAUAAAGGCAUUCAAUAGAUUUAUAAAUCUUCCAACAGAUCUGUCAUUACUUUUCUCAUACUAGGCUUAAAGUUACUGGAACCCAUCAAACUGAAUCCUGAUCAGACUUAACCUAGGCCGUGUUGGUUGUAGGAUGUGUUAAUUUUUUUGGCUAUAAAUUGGCAUGUUAAGAAGAAAAUUUUAAAAUCAAGAUCAAAACCCACCCCAAAACAAAAUCUGUACAAAAUGGUUAAAUUGACAAAGUUCAUUUUAUGUUGUGUUGGUGUUACUUAUGGAAAUAGUAAUGUUGUUCAGAAUAUUUUUGACUUUGAUAUCUACAGGACAUGUGUUAUCAAAUUCUUCUCUUACUUCAGUAGAAUAGUUAGUACAUUACCUGUUAAUCUUAAUUUCAAUACAAAAAUCUAAUAUACGACUACAUCACUGACAUUUUGAGUAAAUCAUAAGUCAAUGUUUUCCAUUCAUACCAAAUUACAUACAGUAUUUGCUGUGAGAUGGUAAAUGCGAGUUACCUCAUGCAGUGAGUGUGAUGUACCUCCCAUAUUGUAUGUGCUAUUAGUGUGAGCCAGGAUUGUAAGUUUUUAUUCUAUAUUGACCAUUGUUGAUUCUUUAUUUCUAUGUGCAAUAUGCCAUGUGUACAUAAAGUGAUGAAAAUUAAAAAAAAUCUGUUUGAAAAA